CUGACUAAGAGCCAAGUUCUUGUUCGUCGAUAGAUCUGAACGCGACGUGUUGCUACCAGUGCGUUCCAGUGCCAUUUUCGGCACUUGUUGAAUGAUAAAACACUCAACAAAUGACAAGUUAUUGAUAGUUUGAAUCGACCCGCAUAGAGAGAUAUUAACGACCCUCAAAAUGCAGUCCAUCGUCGCCAAUGAGCUGCCGCCGAAUCCGCGCGAGAAGGCAAAUCCAUUAUCCUCGAUUAUGUUUUGCUAUACGAUGCCCACAUUUUUCAAGGGACGUAAAAAGACUCUGGACGAAAACGAUCUUUAUAGGGCUCUAAAUGAACAUAGAUCCGAUAAACUUGGCAAGAAGCUAAGCGAUGCCUGGGAAAAUGAGGUGGAACAAAAACGCAAGAAGAAAAAGACGCCAAGCCUGUUCAAGGUGACGAUGAGCGUCUUUGGCUGGAACUUUGGUUUACUGGGCUUCGCUUUAUUUAUUCUGGAAAUGGGCUUCCGCGUCACACAGCCUCUGUGUCUGGGCGGUCUGGUGGCCUUUUAUGCCAAUCCCGACAAUGCAGACAGCGAAGAUCGGAGCACGGCCUAUCUAUAUGCCGGCGGCGUGAUCUUGUGCAGUGCUUUCAACGUCUUAGGUAUGCAUCCUUAUAUGCUGGGCAUGUUCCACACGGGCAUGAAGGUGCGCGUUGCCAUGUGCAGUAUGAUUUAUCGCAAGGCGUUACGCUUGAGCCGAACUGCGCUGGGGGACACGACGAUUGGUCAGGUGGUUAAUCUCAUAUCGAACGAUGUGGGCCGUCUCGAUGUGUCUGUCAUCCACGUGCAUUAUUUAUGGCUGGGACCUGUGGAGAUCGGAGUAAUCACUUGGCUCAUGUACAGAGAGAUUGGCGUCUCGGCAUUCUUUGGCGUGGCCGUCAUGUUGCUCUUCGUUCCCCUGCAGGCAUAUUUGGGCAAGAAGACUUCGGUGCUCCGUUUGAAGACAGCUCUUCGCACGGACGAGCGAGUGCGCAUGAUGAAUGAGAUCAUUUCGGGCAUUCAGGUGAUCAAGAUGUACGCCUGGGAGAUUCCGUUCUGCAAAAUGGUCAACGAUAUGCGAGCCAAAGAGAUGAGCGCCAUUCGAAAUGUGAACUACAUUCGCGGUACCUUGCAAAGUUUCAUCAUGUAUGUGACGCGUAUAUCCGUAUUCGUCAGCCUGGUUGGCUACGUCCUGCUGGGUCAACUCUUAACCGCCGAGAAGGCCUUUGUGAUCACUGCCUAUUACAAUAUUCUGCGUAACACGAUGACCAUCUACUUCCCCAUGGGUAUAUCACAGAUCGCCGAAUUGCUCGUUUCUAUUGGCCGUAUACAAAAAUUCAUGUUGCACGAAGAGACAAAGGUGCGCGACAAGUCCAACGAUGCCGAUGAACAGAAGUUGGGCAACAAGCCCUCGAAUAACCUGGUCAAGGAGCCUGUGACCACAGCCCCCGUAGUCUUGCAGCCGAAUAGCCGACGACCCAGCGAAGCGGAGAGUAGCGUGACCAUCACGAAGAUGAAGGCCAAGUGGGAUUCGAAAGCCACGGAAUACACUUUGGACAACAUUAACCUCAAGUUUAAGCCACGACAAUUGGUGGCUGUUAUUGGACCCGUUGGCUCCGGCAAAUCCAGUCUGAUUCAAACCAUUCUGGGUGAACUGCCGCCAGAGUCGGGUAGCGUGAAGGUGAAUGGUACCGUCUCGUAUGCCUCCCAAGAACCUUGGCUCUUCACUGGCACAGUGCGUCAAAAUAUACUGUUCGGUCUGCCCAUGGACAAGGCUCGUUAUCGCCAGGUGGUGAAGAAGUGUGCGUUGGAGCGUGACUUUGAACUUUUGCCGUACGGCGAUAAGACAAUUGUGGGAGAGCGUGGCGCUUCGUUAUCCGGCGGACAAAAGGCCCGUAUCAGUCUGGCGCGUUCUGUGUACCGCAAGGCGGACAUCUAUCUGCUCGAUGAUCCUCUGAGUGCUGUGGACACACAUGUGGGACGUCAUCUGUUCGAUCAAUGUAUGCGAGGCUAUCUGCGGAACGAGAUUGUCCUCUUGGUGACGCAUCAGCUGCAAUUCUUGGAGCAAGCCGACAUGAUUGUGAUUCUGGACAAGGGAAAGAUCAGUGCCAAGGGCACCUACGAGUCCAUGUGCAAGAGUGGUCUAGACUUUGCUCAAAUGUUAACCGAUCCGAGCAAGAAGGACGAGGGCAGCAAUGAGGGACCCGAGAAGCGCAAGCUGUCGCAGGUCAGCAGCAACUUGCGCAGUCGUCAGAACAGUGUUUCAUCUUUGACAUCCACUGUGGAAUCCGUGGCGAUGGAGUCACCCAUGCAGACGCAGGAGGGACGCACCGAGGGACAGAUUGGCAUGGGUCUAUACAAGAAAUACUUUGCCGCCAAUGGUUACGGUCUCUUCAUUAUCUUUGCUUUCUUCCUCAUUGGUGCUCAGGUCUUGGGCUCUGGCGGCGACAUAUUCUUGUCCUACUGGGUAAAUAAAAACGAAGGCACGGAUUCGGACACAGAUACGGAAACGAAUUCGCUGAUUUCUCGGCUGCGGCGCUCGUUUAUGCCCCGCAUUAAUAACGACACCGAUCCCGUCGAUAUUUAUUGGUUUACGGGCAUCAACGUUCUGGUGAUUGUGUUCUCCCUGGUGCGCAGUGUGCUUUUCUUCCACUUGGCUGCAAAGAGCUCAACGACGCUCCACAACAAGAUGUUCCAGGGUGUCACGCGGGCAGCAAUGAAUUUCUUCAACACAAAUCCAUCGGGUCGUAUUUUGAAUCGUUUCUCCAAGGAUCUGGGUCAGGUGGAUGAGAUCUUGCCGUCGGUGAUGAUGGAUGUGCUGCAGAUCUUCCUCGUGAUUAUCGGUAUCAUUGUGGUGCUUUGCAUUGUCAAUAUCUGGUACCUUUUGGUCACCUUCAUUCUGGUCCUCAUUUUCUAUCUGCUACGUGCCUUCUAUCUGACGACAUCCCGCGAUGUCAAGCGGCUGGAGGCUAUUACUCGCUCGCCCAUUUACUCCCACUUGAGUGCUUCGCUUAAUGGCUUGCCCACGAUUCGUGCUUUUGGUGCUCAAAAGGAGCUCAUUUCGGAGUUCGACAACUUCCAAGAUAUGCACAGUUCAGGCUUCUACAUGUUCCUGGCCACCAGUCGUGCCUUUGGCUAUUGGCUGGAUUUGGUCUGUGUGCUCUACAUUGCGAUUGUGACGCUUAGCUUCUUCCUGUUCUCUCCAGAAAAUGGUGGCGACGUCGGCUUGGCUAUAACACAGGCUAUGGGUAUGACCGGCAUGGUGCAAUGGGGCAUGCGUCAAUCGGCAGAAUUGGAGAAUACGAUGACAUCGGUAGAGCGUGUGGUUGAGUACGAAGAUCUGCAGCCGGAGGGUGACUUUGAUUCGAAGCCCAACAAGAAACCACCAAAGGACUGGCCAGAUGAGGGCAAGAUUGUCUUUGACGAUCUGAGUCUGCGUUACUUCCCCGAAAAAGAUGCGGACUACGUGUUGCGCUCCUUGACCUUUGACAUUCAGGCUUGCGAGAAGAUUGGAAUUGUUGGACGCACCGGUGCCGGCAAAUCGUCGCUGAUUAACGCACUCUUCCGCCUGUCCUAUAACGAGGGCUCGAUCCUCAUCGAUCGCCGCAACACCAGCGACCUGGGUCUGCAUGACUUGCGCAGCAAGAUUUCGAUUAUUCCCCAGGAACCAGUGCUCUUCUCGGGCACCAUGCGUUACAAUCUGGAUCCGUUCGAUGAGUACUCCGAUGUGAAACUCUGGGAAUCCCUGGAAGAGGUUAAGCUCAAGGAAGUGGUGGCCGAACUCGCUGGCGGUUUGUCAAGCAAGAUUUCAGAAGGCGGCACCAACUUCAGUGUGGGACAACGUCAAUUGGUUUGCUUGGCUCGUGCCAUUUUGCGUGAGAAUCGCAUUCUGGUGAUGGACGAGGCCACCGCCAAUGUGGAUCCACAAACAGAUGCGCUCAUUCAGAACACGAUUAGGAAUAAGUUCAAGGAUUGCACAGUGCUCACAAUUGCUCAUCGUCUGCACACGGUUAUGGAUUCGGACAAGGUUUUGGUAAUGGACGCUGGACGUGCUGUUGAAUUUGGAUCGCCAUUCGAGCUGUUGACGGUGAGCGAGAAGAAGGUAUUCCACAGCAUGGUAAAGCAGACGGGCGACGCGACAUUCGAUGUGUUGCUCAAGGUUGCACAGAAGGUAAGUCAUCGAAGCAAUGAAUACAAUUUAUUUACUGAUUUAUGCAUUUCGCGACAGGCGCAUGAGGAUCAUCUGAAGGCGAAGAAAGACUCUUGACAUUUCGCCGUUCCGAAGGCGUUCAAAGACUACAUACUUAAGAUACUGGAACCAAUUACAAACCACCCGGCGGCCAAUGCACGCAUUCAAAAGACCUUCCUAUUUGCGGAGGCCUCCAAGCAGAAAUUAUUAGGGUAGCAAAAACAUUAAUGCUUAACCCCAUAGAAGACGCCAAAAUCAAAAUUAAAAUUUAAUUCAGACCCAAUUAACAAAUAAUAUCAGCAAGCAAGUCGGCUUAGAAUUUUUACAACAGACCCGUGUACAAACUAAAUGUUAGAUGAUUUGAAAUUAGAACUAUAGAUUGAACGAUGACAAUAAGGUAAAGAUGCAGAGUAUCAAUCAGUUGAUAACUCUGGCUGACCUUUAAAAGGUUGGCUGCAUUGCAGGUGUAUAGAAGGAGAUGUAAAAUGUGUUCCGUAAUGACAAUAAAGAUUACAAAACAAAACAAAAACAGAAGCGAAAGACAAAAAACAAACACAAAAAAAAAAAAUGAAAAA